CGCGCAUGCGCAGAUGGCUCAGUCUCACACACUGCUGCAGGGAGACCGCAGGACGCUGGAUGAAUAGAGGGAGAAUAACCGUAAAUAUCCAGAUGGGAAUAUGUGGGCAGAGCAUGGCGAGGUCCUAAAGAAGACAAAGACUUUUUAGAUAGCUCUUUUAAAUCGGAACAUGAGGGAUUAUUAAGGAGAAAAACAGCUGAAUUCAAAUGGGGUACCAGAAUGGAUGAAGCUGUAUGGGCAGAACCCCACUUUUAUUACCGGAUCGGAGCGAAUUUGAUGUGAAAAUAAGCCCAACCGAGUGUUUGAACAGCGAUAGGACACAUGUAUGUUACAAAAUCUGAUAUAUAUGUGAGAGAUAAAAAGCAAAAAGUCAGAUUUGAUGCAUUGAAUUCCUUCGGAGAGAUGUCAUCGUUGUAAGUACUGGAUGUGACACUGCAGCUGUGAAUAUGGGAGAUCUGACCGACUCCAGGGAUCCGAAAAAGACUUUCAUUGUUCCUGCCAUCAAGUCUUUUGAACAUUAUGAUUUUAAUAGAGCUAAAAUCAGAGCAAGCCUCACAUGGCUGGUGGCCAAAGCCUUUGGUACAGACAAUGUUCCAGAAGAACUGAACGAGCCCUUCUACAGGGACCAGUAUGAGCAGGAGCACCUGAAGCCUCCUGUAGCCGGCCUGCUGCUGUCGGCUGAGCUGUACUGCCGAGCAGGAAGUCUGAUUCUGAAGAGCGACGCCGUCAAACCUCUGCUGGGUCAUGACGCCGUCAUCCAGGCUCUGGCUCAGAAGGGCCUGUAUGUCACCGACCAGGAGAGACUGGUGACUGAGAGAGACCUGCAAAAGAAACCCAUUCAGAUGAGCGCCCACCUGGCCAUGAUUGACACGCUGAUGAUGGCGUACACAGUGGAGACGGUGAGUGUAGAGAAGGUGAUGGCGUGCAUGCAGCAGUACUCCACCGAUUACCCAGACGGAGAUGUGCCCUAUGACACAGAGGAUGCGGUCACCAGCUGGAUGAAUAAGGUGAACGAAUACUUGAAGGAAAUCAUAAUUCAAGAGCAAAGGAGAAUGGAGGCGCAGAACGCAGAGCCUGUUGAGAAUCCAAAGUCUCCAACCAAGUGGUAUAUGAAGCUGGUUCCUGCACGUUAUAGGAAGGAGCAGGUUCUGCCCAAGAUGGUUCCCUGGAUCCCCCCGGUGGACAACCUCCUGAAGGACAGCACAGAUGGCUGUGCCCUCGCCGCCCUGCUGCACUUCUACUGCCCCGCCAUCGUCAGCCUUGGAGACAUUUGCCUGAAGGAGACCAUGUCACUGGCAGACAGUCUGUACAACCUACAGCUCAUCCAGGACUUCUGCAGGGAGCACUUGAACCACUGCUGCCACUUCAACCUGGAGGACAUGCUCUACGCUCAUUCUUCCCUCAAAAAUAACUAUCUUGUGUUUAUGGCUGAGCUCUUCUGGUGGUUCGAGGUUGUUAAACCACAAUUUGUUCAACCUCAGGUGUUGGACACUGAAGCACCAGCCCCUUCACUAAAAAAUCUGCCAUCUGUGCCCAUCUCAAAAGUCACAAAGAGAAGUUUCAUGGAAAGACCUCCUAGUCCAGACAGACCAAGUCUCCCCCUCCGACCUCAACCACAGACUUCAGGCUCAGGUGAGAUCAGGCGAUCAACCUCAAUGUCAUUUGUGGACAGCUUCAUGGGUACUUGGCCCAAGGAGAAGAAGUCUGCUGCUCAGGGUGUGUCCUUUGAAAUCCCAUUUGAUAAAGAGUGCACCAAUCAAACACCUACUGGCCGAGGAAUGACUCGGUCUGCCAGCACUGAAGGUUUUGGUUUCAAGAUGCCCCACGGGACAAGGGGCAUCAAGAGAAACCUGUCCUUUCAGCCUGUCAAUGGCAAGAACAUGGGCAUUGAGGAGGAAGGCUGUCCUGACAGCCAGCCACAAAAUCUUAACAGCCGUCUAAAUGGCUCAGGGCCACCUAGCAUCGAAGAGGCCCUUGAGAUCAUCCACAACUCAGAGAAGCAAUCACAGAGCCCCAGGGCCCAUGCGGCCGGUGAGGGCUUUUUUCUUCACCUGCAGAAUAAAAGUGAACUGAAUCCCAAAGUAAAGGAUGGCGAGCUAGACUCCAUUUCAGAAUCAUUCAAAGGGGUUGCUAGCUCAUCCACCACCGAAGUAGACACCGGCAUCCAUGUGCGGACAGAAGACAUCCAAGAGACAUUAGAUGAGGACUCAUCCCUUAGGGAUUGUACUGUCAGCAUGGAGCUUGACACAGAUCAAGACUUUGAGGCAAGAGCUUGCCAUAGCCAAGGCUCUAUUAGCCCAUGCCCCAGCAGCCUUGGUGCCAAGUCCCCUGCCGGAAGUAUCCCAGCCCCUGCUUUUACACCUGGGAUAAAGAUGACCAGCUUUGCUGAGCAGAAAUUCCGUAAACUGAAUCCAAAUGUGGAGGCCAAAGGUGGUGCUUCCCAAGGCACAACACCAGAUGGUUCAGAUCUCACCAUUCCUCACUCUGUCUCCUGGGCCCCUUCGCCUGAUAUUAGCCCUGCACAUCAGCCGUCCAAGGACCCAGCCCAGGCCAUGGCUACAGAAAUGGUGCAACUGCGCAUGAGACUUGAGGAGAAGCGUCGAGCCAUUGAAGCCCAGAAAAAGAAAGUGGAGGCGGCCUUUACCCGACACCGUCAAAAGAUGGGACGCAGUGCUUUCCUCACGGUUGUCAAGAGGAAAGGAAUAGAUGGCACCUCACCAUCUCAGGAGGACACUCCCAGCUCAGAGGGAAGCAAGACGCCAGUGGAGACACCCCAACCUGACAAGUCUCCGCUGAAGUCCGCAGGUGAGGACAGCACAUGCGAGGCGGACCUGAUGGAAUAUACACGCUCCAUUGAGAAGCUCAAUGCUUCCCUGAGCUUCUUGCAGACUGAGAUGCAGCGACUUGCCCAGCAGCAGGAGGUAAUCAUGCAGAUGCGGGAGCAACAGGCCUGGGUUGUGUCACCACCUCAACCUUCGCCACAAAAGCAGGUACGAGAGCUCAGAGGGAGUGGGACACGCUCUUCUGGGUCUCCCUCACCUGCAGAUUCCCCUAGAGCUACACACCGUUCCCCUACAAACCUUAAGCGGAAGUCUGCUUCUUUCCAUUCCAAGACACCAAGGACACCCAGACCCAGUGAGCUAAAGAUCACUCCCUUCAACCGAGUCUUGACCGUUCCACAGUCAGUGGACAGCAUCCCACGCCUCAGAAGAUUCUCCCCUUCUCAGUCCGUGUCCUACUCGUUUUCUUAUUUGGGAAGCGAGAAGAAACCACCAUCAGGAGCUGAAACCACAGACAAGGACAUUGAACAAGGCCUUGAGGCAUUGUCUAUUGAAUGUUCUUCUGGAACUAACAUCUCCCCAACCAAAGAAACUCAACAGGCAGUAACCGAAGACACUGACUUGAGUGCUAAGGAGCCAGAAGAUAAAGGGAACAAACCAACAGAAGAAAGGGAAAAGCUGAAAAAGCCAACAGAUGAAAUUAAGCCUGCAGUGGAAUCUAAUGUGUCAGAAGUCUUGUCGCAGAUUGUAAUGGAGACCGUUUUUGUCACUCCCACCGAGCCAGUUGACAUUGCCCAUCAGACCAACAAAAAUUUGAUUGAGGUUCCACUGUCUGUUCUCAAGCCCCUGGAUGGACAGGCGUUAGAAGAGGAAGGCGAAAAGGAGACUUCAGGGGAAAAUCAGGACGAUGAGCAGAAAAUGUCCUGUGGAUUCUUCUUCAAGGAUGAUAUGAAAGGAGAGGACAGCAUGGCCAUGAAACGAGCGGCACUUCUGGAGAAAAGGCUGAGAAGAGAACGGGAGAGCCAGCAGAGGAAACAACAGCUGGAGGCAGAGCUUGAGCAAAAGAAAGAGGAGGCCCGGCUGAAAGCAGAGGAAGACCGCAUGAAGAAGGAAGAAGACAAAGCCCGGCGGGAAUUUAUCAAGCAGGAGUACCUGAGGAGAAAACAGCUGAAGCUUAUGGAGGACAUGGACACGCUUGUCAAACCGCGGUCUGUGGGGGCCAAGCAGAGGAAACCAAGGCCCAAGUCCAUCCACAGAGAUGUGAUGGAGUCCCCCAGGACUCCUGUCAGGGCCACGGCAGGUUCACGACCUCGUGUUUUUUCAGUGUCCAGUCUGUCUCUGGCCUCUCUUGGAGAUAAUGACAGUGUCAACUCGGAUAGGAAAACACCCAGUAGGCCUGACUCGGCAGACGGUUGCCUUUCGCCCACUCGCUCCAGCAGUCGUAACGGAGAGAAAGACUGGGAGAAUGGUUCCACCACAUCCUCACUCACAUCCAACACCGAAUACACAGGUCCUAAAUUAUAUAAGGAGCCCAGUGCAAAGUCAAAUAAGCAUAUAAUUCAGAAUGCUUUGGCACAUUGCUGUUUGGCUGGCAAAGUCAAUGAGGGACAGAAAAACAAGAUUUUGGAGGAAAUGGAGAAAUCAGGGGCCAACAACUUUCUGAUCCUGUUCCGGGAUUCCGGCUGCCAGUUUCGCUCUCUUUACACGUACUGCCCCGACACGGAGGAGAUCACCAAGUUGGCCGGCAUCGGUCCUAAAACCAUCUCACGCAAGAUGAUCGACGGCCUCUACAAGUACAACUCGGACAGGAAGCAGUUCAGCCAAAUUCCAGCCAAGACCAUGUCUGCAAAUGUCGACGCCAUCACGAUCCAUAGCCACCUGUGGCAGACCAAAAAACCAGGAACACCGAAGAAAGUAGCGGCCGUAAAGUCCUAGUGUUUCUCGACGUCGGAUGUACACAAUCUCAAUGCACUUGUUUGUACAUAUUCUAAUCAUACAACACUUUUUACACUCUUCCGUCAGAUUUUGUUAGGACACACAAGUUGGCGAAAAUUAUGCACAACUGGUAUGUAAAACUCUACGGGGUGGCAAAUGGAUCAAACUCAUGUGUCUAACACCCAAGACUGUCUGAUUCAAGUUGUUUUACUGCACCGUGUAUGUGUUGUUUUUAUGUAAAUGUGCCAAAAAAAGGAAAUAAUGAAAAGUUGUCAUGGAUGACCUAUUUUAAUUUGGUACACUAAAGCACUGAAUGUUCUUAGUUUGUACAUAAAUCUCGCACAUAUGUUGACGUGUGGCCUUAUGUUGCUGUUUUGUUUAAAUUUUAAUCUUGUUUUUAUUAGAUUUAUUUUUUACGAUUGUCCUGUUAUGAUUGUACGGCUGCUUAUGGAAAGGUUCUCACAUGCAUAGCUUGUGAUUAUAACAGUUUAGUACUGCAAGGGAAUCCUGUCAUAUCUAGUAUUCAUUAACCAGUGUGUUAAAGUGCAGUGAGUGGCGUUGUUUGCAGGCCGAACCCACUUUUGAUGGGUUUUUCAACAUUAUCUAAUGGCAUUGAUUCACAGCAGGAUUGUGAAUUCAUUUAAUUUCGUUCCUGUAGGUGUAUUAACUUUUUUUAUAUAUAUAUAUAUAUAUAUAUAUAUAUACAUUUUGUUUUGUUUUGUUUUUUUGACCGACUGAAGGAAAUGUUCAGCUUAAUGAUCUAUUUAAUCAAUAUUUAUCUUUCAUAAAAGGUCUUAAAUAAGACUAGGGGUUAGAAAACCAAACCUUUCUGUUAUAUCGGUUUAUUAUUGUUGGUGCGAAAAAAAAAUCAGGUGUAUUAUGAUAGACUGAAUUGUUUCAACGAUAUUUCCAUGGAUUAAGAUAUGCUGGAGUAAUAACCAUUUUCAAAAUACUUUUGUACUGUAAUGUAUGCUUGUGCUUACUGAUCUGAAGUAUUUCUCUGUCCUGGGUCACACAGAACUAUUAAAAGCAGUUUACCAAAUGAUAUUUUACCGGAUUGUUGGAGACAUUUCCAUGUUUUGCGACUGAGGGCUAAAUCAUUUGAAUGGUAAAUUAUUUAAAAUAAUAAAUAAACUUUUUGACUUGUUGAAGAGGUCAAAACAAGCCACAUUUUGUACGCCUGGAGUCUCUGUGGCAUUUUAAGACAUUGUGAAUCACAGUCUGUUAGCAUUCCCCCGUAAGGUGCGAUCAUAUUAGCGAAAUUUUGCUAAAGUGAAAUUUCUUGGGCAAAAAUGGCCAUUGUCAACAGUGUAGUGAUGUAUGAAGCAUAGCUCACACCAAGUCAUUUUCAAACCAAACCGCUUUCUGUUGGUCAAAGCGGCGAAUUUGCGUGACCAACUUCAAUCCGUUGCGAACUCUACAUGGGGACAUUUUUGCGAAAUUACCAAUAUUGCGAAUACCUAUUGAAAUGACACGAUUUCAACAGCGAACAUUUGCCGAACAAUGAUAGUUAAAUGUGACCGCACUUUUAAUCGUCUUAAGGCAAAAUGUGGCUGUAUACGGGUAGAGGCGUUUGUUGCCUGACGAAAAAAACAGCCUUCCUUUUGUGCUCUUCAUUUCAGUAGGAAUUGUAAAAAUUGUCAUUAUUUUUGACUCCUGAAACAAACUUGCACACAUGUUCUCACAUACAAACAUCUAUUAAGUAGUUCUGACUGAUGUGUCUGUGUUUGGAAUGGAAAUAAUGCGCACAGCCUUUAAUACAAAGUACCCUGUUAGGACGCCAUCUUUAAUCCAUUAGAAAGGUACUACUGUUGUACUACUGGAAACGGAAUUAUUGUUUGGUCAUUUCUGGCCACAAAUGAGGGUUACUUAACUGUAAAUGAGCACGAUUGAAUACUGUACAGUGUGUGUUCUCUGAUUUCUCCAGCACGUCUCUCUCUUUUAUUUUCUUUCAGGCGUGCAUAUUGUUCAAAUAACAUGUUCGAUUUCAAUUGCAUUCAAUAAAUUUCGCAUGGCCUCA